CUCGCGAUAUUAUGACGUCACGCUAGCGGGAGGUCCAAAAACAGAGCGUAUCCUAAGAACUGGUAGUUUACUGUUACUUAUUGUUAGUUUAUAGUAAGUGGCUGCAAAAAUAUUUUAUAUUUACAGAGUCGAAUUGCAUGUCAAAGUUACAUUCGGUACAAAGUUUGCUAUACUCUUGAUUUGCGAGCAGAUACUUUAUCCGUCUGGGAUGUGUAGCGGUAAACAUAGCAGUCAGCGGCUAACUAGUUUGGGAAGACGCAGGUAACCUGAGUGUGCCUCGCGGCAGGGUACCCGGGCUAUCCAGACACCGGGUAUAAACCCGUCCGCGCGGCCAGCUAUGGCCGCAGUCUCCUUCUUGGUCCUCUUCGAGGACGACGCCCUGGAGGUGGGCUACAGCGAUGGCUCCCGUUUGCAGCUGUCCCCGUGCGGCUCUGAGUUCAUGUUGGAGGAAAGGCCGCCGGCCUCGGGGCACCCAUUGCGGACGCCUCGCAGGCUCCGCCGGAGGACACGCUUUGUUACCAGCGCUCACAAAGAAUUGUUGGUGCAAGCUCUGGAUUUCAGGAACAGGUUUGCGAUGCGGCCGUACCUCCCAGAGGAGCUUCUUCCCAUGGAGCGAAAAAAGCUCUCCUUCACUGACGUCUCAGAAGUGGAAUGGCCAUCACUUUCGGAAUCCUCUUCCUCUGACGGAAGUCUCGGCCCCCGCCGGGAAUUUGUCGUCUCCUCACUGGAUGGGAAUGCGCGGCUGCAGCUGUCGCCUUGGGGGGAGGAGUUCUCUGUGGCGUUCCUCUGCAGCGUUAGUCAGGACCGGCCUCAGACGGCCAGCGGUGACUGUCCAGGUAGCCGUCCGGCCAGCCAGUGUGAGAAGAACAAGGGGAGGUGUAGGGAAAGCCUGUCAGACGUCCGUAAGAGAACAACCAGAGUGAGCGGGGCGCAGGGAGAAGCCCAGCCUGAGUCUCAGGGCCAUCCCAGCAGCCCCCCCGCAGAGCCCCCCACAGGCAGGACGUAUCUCUGCACCUGGGUGACACAGCAGCACUCCUGCUCCUCCCCACCACUGUUGUGGCGCCACCCGCUGUCUGUUGCCACCCAGCUCCGAACUGCCACAAUAGGGGAAGAGCCGUCGUGUGGAGAAAUGACGUCAGGAAUCGAGAAGGGCAGCCUUCCCCAGUCCCUGCCUCUGCGAUGCUUCUCUCCACACCAGCACAGGUGGAGGUGCAGGGACUCUACAGGAGCACAGGGGGCGCUAGAGUGUGGUCCACAUGACGAGCUUCUGAAGGUUAUGUGGAUCCAAGGUGUGCUCUAUCGGGUCACUAACUCAGCAGUGACCAUGAUAGAGGUCUUUCCUGGUGAUGGUUCAGUCAUCCGCUCCAGCUCCACCCUGCUGGAAUACUUCACCCAUCACACCGUCGGACGUGGAGGCCUGGGCACGGAGAAGACGUACCUUCUGAGCAGCCUCCCGCCUGAUAUUCCCGGGCAGCCAUACUCGAUAAGGUCGCUAGUGGCUCGUGCAGGCAGGAUCAUGAAGUGCUGCAACGAGGCCAAGUUCACGCUGAACCUUCCCCUGUCCCGCUGCUGCUGGCAGGAGGAGAGCAGUCGUUCAGAAGCCUCUGUAGUGUCCCGGGACCCCCGUGCUCUCGGUCUUGGCUGUCCAGGCCGUCAGGAACCGUUUCAGUCCCAUCUGUCGGAGCAGAACUGGUCUGCAGAGGCAGAACUGUCGAAGAUCAGAAGGUUUAAUUACUUGCUGGAUCACAGCCGGCUUCUGAGGUCCGCUGGCGUCUCCUCCGGGUCUGAUGGGCUGGGCACCGGUCAGCCGGUGUCCCUCGGUAUCCCUGCAGUGACCCACGAGGAGAUGAGUGGGAAGAGCGUUGCAGUGUCACUGCAGCGCACCUCAGACACCAUCCGCGGCAUUGAGGCUUUUCUGUCAGGUGAUCUGACGCGUCAAAGCCCGGCGUGAAGGGGACCGCCCUCCCGCAGCCCUGGCAGCCAGCCCACCCCCCUGUCCGUCGGCAGUUUAUUUCCUAUCCAUGUGACUCGCCACCGGAUGAAAAUAAGGAGGGAAACGUAUUACUCUGAUAGGUAUCUCAUUAGUUAAUACCAGUCAGCGACACCUUCAGUGAUAUUCACAUGGAAAACUGAUACAUGGCAAGAUUUCUGUUCUUUUUCUCAGUUUGCUGCCUAUCUUGACGAUUUCCUGGUGCAUAUGUAUAUACCAGCACAUUUAUGGGUUAUAUUGUACAGCAUCCUGUGUGAAAGUCUAUUAUAAGUAGUUUCGCGGGUAGCGUGAACUUCCCCAUCAGAAGCGAACGAGCGAAAAGGCUGUAGAAUAAAAUCAUCUCAAAAGAGUAAGUGUGUCAUUUCUUUUUAUCUCUGAUAAAAUACCCAUAUCAGUUUGAUCUGUGUUAAAAUGUCCAUACUGUGUUUUGUAUUGUUAGUAUUUAUUUAUCUGGUAUUUUUGUCCGGACAAGAUUUAUUCUUUAUGCAUUCAAAUGGAAAACAUUUCUCUUAAAAAUGCUUCACAUUGUUGAAUUGGUAUGACUGCAAAUGUGUUUCCAAGACCCUUUUAAAUGACUGAAAAGGAACAUGCCUUCCAUUCACACGUAAAAAAAUAAAUAUAAGUAAAUUGAGAUUUAUUUACA